AUGCCCGAUAGUGUCGAGGUGCGCGAAGCUGACAAUGGAGCCCCGCUCCAACGCGUUUCGAUACGAUGUCCCGCCUUCAAUGCCGAAUGUCCAGCGUUAUGGUUCGCCCAGCUCGAGGGACAGUUUCAUCUAGCCGGGAUUAACGAUGAAGUAACGAGGUAUUACUAUGCCUCAUCUCAUCUCGAUCCCAAGGCCGCUGCUGAGGUGCAGGAUAUCCUCCCAAAUGUGCCUGCCGAGACACCGUAUACACGUCUCAAGGAGGCGCUCGUCGAACGCCUCACGCUCUCCCGGGAUGCACGACUCCAGCAGCUGCUCGACCGAGAGACACCGUACACACGUCUCAAGGAGGCGCUCGUCGAACGCCUCACGCUCUCCCGGGAUGCACGACUCCAGCAGCUGCUCGACCGAGAGGUAUUGGGUGACAGGAAGCCCUCGCAAUUCGUGCGUCAUCUCAGGAGUCUCGACGACACGGUUCCUGACCACAUUUUACGCACCAAGUGGCUCAGCCGACUGCCGAUGACGAUGCAGUUCAUCCUGGCGUCACAAGCGGACAUGGCUCUCAUGGCUCUCAUCCGACUGCCGAUGACGACGCAGUUCAUCCUGGCGUCACAAGCGGACAUGGCUCUCGACAGGCUUGCAACACUCGCCGACAAACUGCACGAGAUCGCAUUGCCGGUAGCCCACAUCAAUGACGUCCAGGAGCCAACGUCCUCAGCCCUCGAGACACGCUUUUCUCGUCUCGAAGCCACAAUCUGCGAGCUGGCAUCGGCCCUAAAAGGAUAA